ACAGCCGCGACCCUGUCCCUCAUCAUGAACAACUUCUGCAGUCAUGAGGCCCGCAUCAAUACCUCUACCGGCGGUCUUUAUAUACCCCUGCGUGUCUUUCUACCACGUCGAGCAUCGUUGAGCCCGUAUUCGUCUGCAAGCACGGUUACGAAGACGCUUCCAACGAGUAGGCCACUAUGGGGCAGUAUGAUACGACUCUGGGGGCUAUCCUCCUCGGCGUUGUCUUUAACGCAUAUCUAUACGGGGUUCUUACCGUCCAGUUCACUCAGUAUUGCUUCGCUGGAGUAAACGACUGGCGGGUUUUCAGGGUCUUGUUGAUCUCUGUCUUUGUGGUGGACACGGCAUAUACUGCCUCGGCAAUCUACACAGUAUGGUUCUUCGCGAUAGCUCAUUACGAUGACCCCGCCGCAAUGACCCAGCCUGUUUGGCUGCUCGAGAUCAGUCCAAUCCCAACAGCGUGGUCAGCCUUUGUUGCCCAGCUGUACUUCAUUCUACGCCUUUGGCGGCUAGUGGGCAGCAAGGCGCUGGUCAUCGUUUGCAAUGUGCUAGGUGUGAUCAGCCUCGCCCUGGCCGUGUGGACUGGAGUUGCCGCCCGCAUCACGAAAAUUCAUGGCGGAAAUUCGAUUUCAGUGGUGAAUGAGCAGAUGAUAGUCUGGCUCGUCACGUUGGUAGUAACAGAUUGCUUCAUUACUGGCUCGUUAAGUAUAGCGCUAUUACGUGCGCGUACCGGAGUUGGCAGGACCGACUAUCUCGUUUAUCAGGUCAUCAGAGGGGCCGUUCAGACAGGGGUGUUCGCUGGCAUCUUUUCUCUCGCAACUCUCGUUACCUAUGUCUGCUUGCCCCUGACCGCCCUGUCCUUGCUGUUUGCUAUCCCUACUGGGCGCAUAUAUACCUCCUCCCUGAUGUACUCGCUGCUGCUGAGAGCUGACUCUGCUGAACGUUGCAGCCGCGGAGGCCGAUCUAAUAGUCGAAGCGUGUCCGCAACCACUCGAGUGGUCCAGCUGACUUCAGCCAUUACGGCUUGCGAGCUCGACGUCUACGAUACGAGGCCCAGCGCGAUGACGCAUCCUUCUGAGAGCAAGUCUGAGAGAGUGGCGGCGGCUACGGUGCCUGAAUAACCGUCCCCUUGGCGCUUGCGUCUCUCUUCUAUCGCUAGGACAGAGUGACAGGUGUUAUACAUAUCCUUUCUCACGGAACCCAUGACUUCAUUGAAGCAAGUGGAUUUGAUAGC